CAGUCAGGGUAAAUCUGCCACCGAAUCAAGACGUGGUGCGUGUCGCGUCGUCCUAUAUACGAUAUGUCGCGCACAAAGACGCAAGGUUCUCGCUGAGAGAAAAGAAAAAAAGUAAAAGAAAUUAUCGAAAAACCCGCUUCUCUAAACCGUGAUCGCUAUAAAACGGGGAUGAAAUCUUCGAUCAUCCACCCCGCAACACAACCACCUUCUCCUAUUGUGUGAACAGUGCGAACGAUUGUUCAGUGUGCCGCGGACAAGUGGAUCGAGAUCGGUGGUUCUAGGCGGAGCGAUUCGAGCACGUGAGGACAUGUCGGGAAGAGGGUCGCCCGGAGCCCUGAACAGGGCCGGCGCGAGGACAGCGGAAUCAUAGCCUGUCCCUGAAACGCUGCAGCGAUCUGUUGACACUGGAACGCUGACUAAGUCUUCCGUGCCAGAGUGGAGACUUUGAAGAGACCCUCGCGGCCUGUAGAUGCGGCGGACCCUGAUCUCGUUUCGAAUUCUCUCCGGCGUUGGAGGAUAAUACAUAGCACGGGACAAUUUUCGACUUACUGUGAUCUUGGCGUUGAAUAUUCGAGAAAAAACGUUUAACACAUUCGGGUGUCGUGGUUAUAGUGUCGGCUACUUGUUUCAGUGAGUAGCUAUGGUCUGAAAACAAUUGUCUCGAUAGACUGUUUUCGGAAGAAGACAUCGGGAGAUCUAGUGCCUAGCUAGUAGCGGAAGAUCGGGACUCCUCGGAGACCGAUCGAAGAGUUCAACGAAUCAAGUUCUGCGAGCCUGCCUCUGUGACGAUCGACUCGAUUUACCAGUGACACGUAUACAAGUGUUUGCUCCAGGCACAGGCUGGUACCGUUCUAUCGAACUCUGUGAGCAGUGUUCGGAGGUUCUAGGGAUUGUUCAUGGAUUAUGGUAGAACGGCACCCGUGAUGAUCAAGUGAACGAGCUCGGGCUGAUCCGAUCGACUCGAUUGAUGCCCGGCCGAGCCUCGGGAUCUCGGUGAACGUUGGUUGCCGGUUCGGACGCGAUGGCAACGCGAUCGAGGUAAGGAUUUUCCCGCCGUUGUGUACGGGUACGCUAGUGUCAGUGCGUGGGGCGGUGCGUCGUUGGUCCAGUGAAGAGGAUGUGAAUCGCUUCGGGUACCAAAGUGAACGCGCCAUCAAACAAUUGCGGACAUGGCUUUGAGGUGGCAGGCGAGGCUCUCCAUUGCUGCCAUACUCUUCAUGUGUACUGAAGACACGCUCAGUUUAGGGGAUCGGACGAUUGACGAUCGCCAUCAGACUCAGAGCCGGCCGCGGAAUCAGCUGCUGGUGGAUCCAUCGGGGCUGAAGGCGAAGACCGAGCCGACGUUCGACAGCUCGCAGAACACGAACGUGACGGCGAUGAGUGGGAAGGCGGCUUAUCUCACGUGUAGAGUACGGAAUCUGGGUGACAAAACUGUAAGAUCAUUUCACCUUCCAGCUAUUGGGAGUUUUGAAUAUUUCAGCGAUCGGUUAUUCAAAGGUUAUUCAAAACAAAACAUAGGCCAAAACAGCGAGUGGUCUGAAUGGACUCUUCACAUAAAGUGGGCGCAGGAGAGAGACCAGGGACUCUACGAAUGCCAGAUAUCGACCAUCCCUGUCAUGUCGCAUCAAUUUCACUUGAACGUCGUUGUACCGACAGCGACGAUACUGGGUGGUCCCGAUAUGUACGUGGACGUAGGUAGCACGAUAAACCUGACGUGCGCUAUACACUUCAGCUCGGAGCCACCAACCUUCAUAUUUUGGUACUACAACGAGAGCGUCUUGAACUAUGAUAGUCCCAGGGGCGGCAUCUCGAUGAUAACCACAAAGGGUACGGAGGAAACCACCUCCUGGCUCCUUAUCCAGACAGCGCAACCAUCGGACUCUGGGGAGUACAAGUGCAAACCCAGCAAUGCCAAUACGGCGUCCAUCAAAGUUCAUGUACUAAAUGGCGAACGACCGGAGGCGAUGCAGACCGGAACGGCGGGACCCAUUUUAUCCUCGAGCUGUCUAGUGGUGUCUCUGAUCAUUUUGUACAUAUCGUCGGUGUAAAAGGAACGUCGAACGCCACGGCGGAUGAGCUGG